CCCGAGAAAAUCCGACGCCCGCCGCCCACCGCCCACCGCCGAACCGCCGCCCGAGCGACGAUGAGGGAGAUCCUGCACAUCCAGGGUGGCCAGUGCGGCAACCAGAUCGGGGCCAAGUUCUGGGAGGUCAUCUGCGACGAGCACGGCAUCGACGCCACGGGCAAGUACAGCGGCGACGCCGACCUCCAGCUCGAGCGCAUCAACGUCUACUACAACGAGGCCAGCGGCGGCCGCUACGUCCCCCGCGCCGUCCUCAUGGAUCUCGAGCCCGGCACCAUGGACUCCGUCCGAUCCGGCCCCUUCGGCCAGAUCUUCCGCCCCGACAACUUCGUCUUCGGCCAGUCCGGCGCCGGCAACAACUGGGCCAAGGGCCACUACACCGAGGGCGCCGAGCUCAUCGACGCCGUCCUCGACGUCGUCCGCAAGGAGGCCGAGAACUGCGAUUGCCUCCAGGGAUUUCAAGUUUGUCAUUCUCUCGGUGGAGGAACUGGCUCUGGCAUGGGGACACUCCUUAUUUCCAAGAUCAGGGAGGAGUAUCCAGACCGAAUGAUGCUUACAUUCUCAGUCUUUCCUUCUCCCAAGGUAUCCGAUACGGUGGUUGAGCCGUACAAUGCAACCCUUUCUGUGCAUCAGCUUGUUGAGAAUGCUGAUGAAUGUAUGGUGCUGGACAAUGAAGCUCUCUACGACAUCUGCUUCCGUACUCUCAAGCUUGCCACCCCUACCUUUGGUGAUCUUAAUCAUCUCAUCUCUGCUACCAUGAGUGGUGUGACAUGUUGUCUUCGGUUCCCUGGUCAGCUGAACUCUGACCUUCGGAAGCUCGCCGUCAACCUUAUCCCGUUCCCACGGCUCCACUUUUUUAUGGUUGGAUUUGCACCACUCACAUCCAGGGGGUCUCAGCAAUAUCGUGCUUUGACUGUUCCCGAAUUGACCCAACAGAUGUGGGAUGCCAAGAACAUGAUGUGUGCGGCUGACCCACGUCAUGGCCGCUACUUAACUGCCUCCGCCAUGUUCCGUGGAAAGAUGAGCACCAAGGAAGUUGAUGAGCAGAUGAUAAAUGUUCAGAACAAGAAUUCUUCAUACUUCGUUGAGUGGAUUCCUAACAAUGUGAAGUCCAGCGUAUGCGACAUCCCACCCAAGGGUUUGAAGAUGGCAUCAACCUUCAUCGGGAAUUCGACCUCAAUCCAAGAGAUGUUCAGGCGAGUGAGCGAGCAGUUCACCGCUAUGUUUAGGCGCAAGGCUUUCUUGCACUGGUACACGGGCGAGGGAAUGGACGAGAUGGAGUUCACCGAGGCCGAGAGCAACAUGAAUGAUUUGGUGGCCGAGUACCAGCAAUACCAGGAUGCUACUGCUGAUGAUGAGGAGGAGGAGUAUGAGGAAGAAGAGGAGGAGGUUGCUGCUUGAGGUGUGAUUUUUUCUGUUCAAGUAUUUGUUGCCUGCUCUUGACAAGAGUUUAUGUGAUGUUGUGAAAUUGUCAUUUAGAUUGCUUUCCUAUCUGUAAGUCUUGUUUUAUUAUUGUAUUUGCAAUUUGGUGACUUGCUAUUCCACCGUUGUGGAAUCAUGGUUGUUCCUUCCUAUUAAGUAAAUGAAGGUAUUGUUGGAAGCUAGAAA